ACUAAAUCACCAACUGCUGGUCCCACAAAGUCACCCACUGCUGUCCCACUAAAUCACCAACCACGCCACCCACAAGCGGACCUACUCGAACACCACUGCUGGUCCAACUAAAUCCCCCACGGCACCACCCACGAGUGGUCCAACUGCUGGUCCCACUAAACCGCCACCCACAGCAAUGCCAUCCAUCGGAUCUUCAUUGACGUGUGACGAUUCCUACAUCUGUGCCACAAAGUCAAACAUCAACUACUAUGUAGCCUGUAGCCGAGACUCGGCUUCUGAUGCUGGCACGUACUCAUGUAUCAAGGCCACCGAGUUUGGCCAGUACUCUACCUGUGGCCCCUGCAAUGAAGGAGACUUUGAUGCAUCAACCUGUCCCGCAGAAGAUCAUAACUGUGCCGGUAGCAGUGGAACGAAAAUGAGAUAUUGCCGAAAAACAUCGGCUGCAGAUACCGGCAGUUAUGGUUGCCAGAAGUAUAGUGAUAUGACUGUGUAUUCCACAUGUGGGGAGUGUUCAACGACUCGCAACCGUGACCUCCUGUGGUAUGAAGCAAAGCUGGAUCAAGAUUUGGCAGAUGAACCAGCUCCAGCAAAAGAGCUCUUCUGCAGCUCUGAGUCUUGUAAGAGCCAACCACCUGAGGACAUUGAAGAUGAUCACGAGCCUUACUGUCUGUCAGAUGCAUUCCCAUGUGGCCCUCAGGGUAAAACUGACGCCCGCAUGGUUUCAGUCUGUCACUAUUCCUAUUUGUGGGGAUACCACACCUUGUGCAUUAAAGAAGAAAUGUCAGAAACGCUGGUGUACUUUGAGCAUGACUAUUGCGGUCCUUGCCAAGGAGGAUUUGAGGUGAUGGCACGCAAGCUUCGUGAGUUGUGGGAGAGAAUAUGAGAAGAUACAUCCCGAAAUAACGGCCAAGAUGGAUGGGUUGACAGUGCCAAGACUAACAACCGUGGUUUUAUGUUCUCUGGCAGGCGCAAGGGAAGCCAGAGGAUUGGGCUCAAAUAUGGAGGGUACCUCGAGUCAAGGAUCUUACUGUUCCGACUGGGAUUACCCGUGUGGAGAAGGCUACGGCAUCCAACCAGGGUACGCAAGUGUUUGUCACUUGGUGAAAGGGCACGGUUAUCGUGAGCUUUGCAUUCCCACAGAGCAAACUCGACUCAUAAGGUUGUAUGAGUCUGAUUAUUGUGGGCGCUGUAGAGGUGGCAAGGUUGUCUUUGAAAACUACUAUGGCGAGGUGAUCCAAUGAGGAAACGUGCGGAAGCUAGCUAGUACCUGCUACCAGUACCUUCGAAUUCUAAAGUUAACUGCACUGAGCAAAGUCUUUGUAGUUUCCCUCUUCGGCCAGCGUUUUCAUUACUGGU